AUGUCUGCCGUCGACAUCUUGGCCACGGGUCACCGUGGAUCACUCGCAGAUAGCCGAGAAUGGGUAAAGAGGCGGGACAUGAAGCCGAGAUGGAGAGAAGAUGAGAGGAGAGUUAUGGCUUCUUCCCAGACAUCAGGAGAGAGAGAGGGAGAAAGACAAGAGGAUAAGGAUCCAGCAGUGGACAGACCUGAGUCCGGUGUUCUUGAAGUGGUGUCUGUUACGGACGAGGACCUUCCCGUCAUCGAGACCCCCACUACUUUUAACGUGAGUUCUUUCAGCAGCCAUUCCUUUCACAUCUAUGACCCGGCGACGCAGGACCCUCAUGUGCCCGUUGAGUUGCCCACCGAGGUGUCCGCCCCACUGCCUGUGUAUAAAACUUAUAACAUACAGAUCCCACCAAGCCCAGGUGUGCCCAUCAUCAAGGUCCAACCUUUCCUUUCUGGAGGUGAACUAUCAGGCUUUAAAUCUCUUUGUUGGCCGUACGUGUCUCGCAGAUUGCUGGCACUGCUCAUAACCUUAGGUUUGCUGAUAGCGCUGACUCUGGUCCUGGGAAUCGGUUUAGGAGGUCAUGGGGCUUCAUGUUCUGGAAAGUUUCGCUGCGUGUCGCCUGCUCGGUGUAUCAGCAGAACGGCUGUGUGUGAUGGCGUUAAAGACUGUGGAGAUGGAGAAGAUGAACUCAAUUGUGUGCGUGUGAGUGGCAGGAGUUCUGUGUUGCAGGUGUACAGUAGAGGAUUAUGGAGGACUGUAUGUUUUGAGGGCUGGGAUUCAAAUCUGGGUUCAUUAGCCUGCAGACAACUGGGAUACAACAGCUAUGUGAGCUCUGAGAGCAUUCCUAUCUCCUCCAUUGAAGAUAUCUUCCAGAAAAACCUAGUGGCUCUUAAUCUCAACCAACCAGGCCAUCAAGAAACCUUCAAGAUCCACAACUCUUCAUAUGUUAGAAAGACUCGAUGCAGUUCAGGCACAGUAGCUGUUCUCAAAUGUAUAGAGUGCGGCUCCAGGCCGGCGGUCAGGAGUCGUAUUGUAGGGGGAAACAUUUCGAGCCUUGGACAGGUGCCAUGGCAGGUCAGCUUAUAUUACCAGAACCAGCAUAUCUGUGGAGGAUCAAUCAUAAGUGACAGCUGGAUACUUACUGCUGCUCACUGUGUGUACGGUUUUGCUCAGCCGGCGUUAUGGGCAGUGCAUGCUGGGAUAUUAGAUCAACCUGUUAGUGGAUUGGGAGCUGCGUCUGUGGAGAAAAUAAUCUACAAUGCCAACUACAAGCGAGAGAGACUUAGUUACGACAUUGCGCUCAUAAAGCUAAAGGUGCCUCUGUCAUUUAAUGAUCACCUGGCUCCCAUUUGUUUGCCGAGUUAUGGCGAGACCUUUGAGGCAGGACAGAUGUGUGUGAUCUCAGGCUGGGGAGCCACAACGGAUGGUGGAGAGUCCAGUAUAUCGCUACAGACGGCUCAGGUGCCUUUAAUCUCCAAGCAUAAAUGCCGCAGGCCGGGUCUCACCUCGUGGAACAUCUGCGCAGGAUAUUUGCAGGGUGGCGCUGGUACAUGUCAGGGGGACAGCGGAGGGCCGCUGGCAUGCCGGGGGUCGGUGUGGACGUUGGCGGGAGCAGCCAGCAAUGCUCAGAGCUGCGGACAGAAAAACAAACCGGGCGUUUACACGAGCAUAACUCACAGUCUCACGUGGAUUCAUCAACAGAUGGAGGUGAACUAUCCCUUUAAUAACAUCCGCAAAUCUAAGGAAACUCACCUUAAAUCACAGGAUGAAGGCUGA